GAGUUUAGAGGUGCAUUAGUAACUUGUGCACACAGAGAGAGACUCACACUCAAAGAUUGGACUGACCGAAUCUGGAACUUUCAACUGCUUAGAAUUCUUAUUCUUAUUAUUUUUUAGAAGAUUCUUGUUUUUUUUAUCUCCAUUCACAAUGGAGGUUGUGAAAUUUGACAGAUAAAACCGUUUGAGUUUUUCAAUAACAGUCAAUUCUAAUGAGAGCUGCGCGCUGCAGCUAUGUGAGUGUCAGACUCGACACAGACUUGGCGUUAUGAAACACCCUAUUAAUUCAAUCGCUGGAUCAAAUGCAACGUCGUGGAUGAACGACAGAUAAGAAGGAAAUAAAGAAGAAGACAGGGGGAGUGAGACAAGAUGAGAGACUGGCCAGGUGACAAGUGGAUGCACAGAGCCUGCCCAGAGACCUGAGACACACACACACACUGAGACACACAAACUGAGUCACACACACUGAGACACACUGACUGACACUAUGUUGAAGGGAGACGACAGCUCCCUGCCCCUCUACCCGAUCGAACAAUGGCAGAACACCAGCCAGUCCUCCCCUGCCUCUCUAGUGCCCCCUAACCCCUCCACCCCCUCCUCCUGCCACAUCGACGAAUCCUACAAAUACAUCUUCCUGCCCUUGUGCUACUCCGUCACCUUCCUGCUCAGCCUGGUCCUGAACUCCAUCAUCCUGCAUCGCUCCUUCUGCGGGGCUGGGCACCGUGGCGGGGGCAGAGCCAAGCGCUGGACCCCCUCCCUCACCUACAUGGUCAACCUGGCUGCCACCGACCUCAUGUAUGGCCUCUCGCUGCCCUUCCUGAUCGCCAACUACGCCAUGCGGGACCGCUGGAUUUUUGGGGACCCCGUGUGCCGGCUGGUGCGAUUCCUCUUCUACUUCAACCUCUACUGCAGCCUGGCCUUCCUGGCCUGCAUCUCCCUGCACCGCUACCUGGGCGUCUGCCACCCCUUGCGCUCCCUGGCCAGCAGGGGGCCCCAGCGGGCAGUCAAGGGGGUCUGCCUGCUGGUGUGGUCCGUGGUGUUUGCUCUCACCAGUCCCAUUUUCCGCUUCGCCCGCACCGGGAAGAGCUGGGACGGGAACACCGUGUGCUGGGACGACGCACCGGACUGGGAGCUGCAGGAAUACGUUCCUUACGGGAUCACCCUCCACGUGCUGCUCUUCUGCCUGCCCUUUGGUGUUAUCGGGUGGUGUUACUCUAGAGUGGCUCGGACCAUCUUCCGAAGCCUGGGGGAGGAGGGGGGAGGGGGAGACGGGGGGCUCCACUCCUCCUCCUCUCCCCCGCCUCCUCCCUCACACUCCUUCCUCAGCCUCCGACAGCGACGCAAGUCCAUCCGCAGAGUGGUGACCAUCACGCUGCUGCUGGCGCUCUGCUUCCUGCCCUUCCACGUCACGCGCACCGUCUUCCUGCUGCUCAAGGGCUCGGCCUGGGGGGCCGACUGCCACACCGUCACACUCGUGUCCAUCUGUUACAAGCUGACCAGGCCGCUUGCCUCCUUCAACGCCUGGCUCAAUGCCCUGCUCUACUUCCUCACCAAGGGGAGGGGUGUCGGGGCCAGGGGAGAGGGCGGGGUCAGGGGAGAGGGCGGGGCCAGGAGGCUGGAGGUGCUUCAGCAGCAGCAAGACCUGGAGAGGAAGAGCACACCCCCUUCAGAUAGCGGCUUCAAAAUCUCGCACUGAGACACGGGGACACAGAAACACAGUGACACGGAGACACAGGGACACGGAGAGACACAAAGACACAAAGUCACAGAGGCACCCGACUAGAGAAACUGUAUCCUAAAGAAAUGCACACUAUAGAUUUGUGUGUGAGACUCUGUCCUGUUGGAUUAUCUGUGAGACUCUGUCCUGUCAGAUUAUUUGUGUCCUGUAAGAUUAUUUGCAAGUCUGUCCUGUGUAGAAUUAUUAAUCUGUGUUGUUAUAAUGAGACAAUGGUAGCAGCUGGAUUAUCGGUGAGACUGUUUCCUAUUGAGGUUCAUUACGAAGCCCUCUGCCUGCGAGUUCCGCCCCCCACAAAGGGUCCGUUCACAAGGGUGUCCUCAGCGCCAUUCCUCCAGAGGAUUACCUGUGAGACUGUCCCAUAGGAUCGCGCUGUCGGCUUGUGUGUGAUUCCUACAGGAUCCUGUGUGAUCUGUUGGGAUCUCCGAGAGACUCUCUGAUGAACUGGCAUUUGAAUGCUGGCUGUUUGUUGAUUUCCUUAAACAGUCUGUAUUCAGAAAUCACACCGGGUGGGCCUGAUUGUUUAAAUUCACGACAGUGUCAAUAAAAGAAAGCCUCUUCAUCUCCAUCCCUGUCCGAGUG